AUGCAAUGUCUCCGCGUGAUUAUUAAAUUUCCUUCGUUUUCCUCUGCUCCCCUUCACUGUCAGAUCGCACGCAUGGACUCCCUCUUUGAGGCGCAUUUCUCCCCUCUCACCUACUCAGGUAAGCCCAUGGGUCGCUGCGGCAAGAGCCCUUUGAAGCCCAGCGCACUCGUCCAAACUCACCACAAUCCCCUCUGUGCUGCCCCCGUUCUUCCCCUUCCCUGUCAGAUCGCUCGCAUGGACUCCCUCUUUGAAGCCCACUUCUCCCCUCUCGCCGCCUCUGGCAAGCCCAUGGGUCGCUGCGGCAAGUGCGGGCGGUUCAUGCCCUUCGUGCCGCUGAAACCAACACGGCUCCUCUGCCCCACUUGUGAAGACAUCUUCAACCUGCCUCAGAAUGGCGCUAUCAAGCUCUACAAGGAGCUCACCUGCCCGCUCGACAACUAUGAGCUUGUUAUUUACUCUCUGCCGGGGCCCGAGGGCAAAACUUUUCCUCUCUGCCCAUACUGCUAUAACCAUCCUCCUUUUGAGGACCUGGGAAAACCAAUCACCCCUGCUGCCAGCACCACUUCCUCCUCCUCUAAACCUGCUGCCGAGUCUCCUUCCGAACCUACUUCCCAAGCCUCAUCCAGGACAGGCUCGUCAGUGUUCACUGGCAUGGCCUGCACGAGCUGCGGACACGUGUCGUGCCGCCAUUCGCUGGUGAGCAUGGGCGUGUGUCCCUGCCCGGAGUGUGAGGGGACUCUUGUCCUGGAUCCUGUAAGCACCCCUAAGUGGCGCUUAGAUUGCAACCGCUGCAGCUGCGUUGUUUUCAUAAAAGCCAAUGUGCACCGCAUGGCAGUGGUGCCCAUGUUUGCGUUUGGUGCUUCCGGCUCUUUGCUAAAAGCGCAGCAGCAGGGGAAGCAGGGGCAGGAGGGUGAGAAGGAGGGUGGUUGGUGCUCUGAAUGCGGUCUACCCGGAUAA